CAAAAAGAAGUCCAAAGGUCAGAAACUUCAGAACUUACAAUAACAAAUUUAGAAGUCAGAGACCCCUGUGCUCUCCACAAGCUGAUCGAUCACGAAGUCCACCGUGUACAGCACGUUAACUCUCACUCCAAGCCCGGCAAGCAAAUACCGGCCGAAUCCCUCAGCUCGACCACUACUUGGCAUAAAUACAUCGUCGUCGGCGACGAGAUUCCACUGCGCGCGGCGUGUACAGCAAGAGGCGCUGGCGUGCCUCUCCCUCUAGAGCAAGCUGAUCGUCCGAUCCAUCCCCAUGGCAGACGAGUGGUGGAGCUCCGCGCGUACCGGCGACGGCGCGUCGGCCUGCUCGACGAACCAGGACGCCGACGAGUCGGCGGCGACGAGUGCCACCGAGACGGAUUAUUUCCGGCCAAGUUUCCACGUCGGCGCCGCUGCCGCCGCCUCGACGCCGUCCUUCCUCGCCGAUCCAGCCCCCCACAUGGUGAAUUGGACGCAAGCCUACAUGAGCGGCGGCAGAGCGGCUGGUGCAGAGGCGACCACCGGCUUCAACGCGCUCCUCCAACUCCACGGCGACGACGCGGGUCGCUACUUCCUGCUUGAUCAACAGCCCGACGUCGUCGACGGCGCGGAGCCCGUGGCACCAGCAGCGGCGUCGCGGAGCGUGCACCUGUACGCGGACAACCAGUACUCCAGCUACGGCGACGUGCCGGCGGCGCCGAUGACGAAGCCGUUCUCGCAGCAGCAGCACUUCUCCGGCUUGUUUGGCUCGUCGACGCGGAAUUUCAGCGACAUGCCGUCGGCGCUGCCGAUGACGACGAAGCCACUUCUGUUGCAGGCCUGGGAGCACAAAGCUUUCAAGUCCAACAAGGAACCUGUUCAGGACACUUGCUCCUCGGCGACGAGAAGAAGUGUUCCCGAGAACUCGCCGCCGGCGGCGGCUAAGAAGCCCCGGAUCGCGACGCCAUCCCCCUUGCCGACCUUCAAGGUGUGCACCGGCCGGCCGCCGGCCUGUGACGCAAUCCGAAGAGAUUAUAUCACCUUCCACCUUCAAUUAUCCGGACAACUUUUGAUUUCCAGCUCAGCACAUGCGAUUCAGGUGAGGAAGGAGAAGCUCGGGGACAGAAUCACCGCGCUCCAACAACUGGUCUCGCCUUUUGGAAAGACGGAUACUGCAUCGGUCCUUCACGAGGCCAUCGAAUACAUCAGGUUCCUGCACCAUCAAGUAGCAUCCCUGAGCUCUCCGUAUCUGAGGUGCGGACGACCUGUGCAGCAGCUACAGCAACAACAGAUCAAGGAGGGCUGUGAGGCAAAGGAGGACCUGCGAAGCCGAGGGCUGUGCCUCGUCCCGGUGGCGAGCACUUAUGCGGUGGCGGCGAGCGAGACGGCGCCGGAGUUCUGGCACCCUACCUUUGGCGGCAGAUUUCGGUAGAGACAGAGACAUGCAUGUAGCUCUAGGUAGAGGGCAGGUAUUUGUGUAAGCGGUAUUCUCAUGGCAGUAGUGUUGGAGCAAAAGUAAAUGAAAAACCUGACGGAUCACGUGUGUAUAAAGGGUGUUUAGUUGGAUUGAAUAGAAGAAAUCCGAUCAGAAUAGGGGAAGCCGAAAGACCAGGUGCACUUGCCUUGCCUACACAUAAGUACUCAAAGGUUCAGAUGGAUAUAUUUCCUGGGGCAGGUUCAAAAGAGAAUGAUGUGCUGUUACAGUAGUACAUAUAUAAUAAGCAACUUUCCAAAGAAUAAUGUUAUUGGUA